AUGUCGAAGCUCCCUCGAGGUGAGUCCGUUGGAGCGUUGCCCCAACGUGAAACAGAGGUCGCAGCAGAGCUGGUCCAUCGUGCUAUUGUGCAUGAGCAGGGCAAUGCGAUUGUGCAGAAGGUCGCAAGCCAUAUCCACGGCAAGCAGAUCGCCGUGCAUGUGCAAACACUGAUGGUGGAAUGUCAGGGGAUGUCUGACGCAAGCAAGCGUCGCUAUGAUGAGACGGAUGCAGCCUCAUGGGAUCACAUCGCUUCCGAAGAGGAGUUCAGUCCAAGCUGCAUGCCGAUGCCCUCAGGGGGUUAUGGCAAGGAUAUUCCCUCAGGCAAUACCAAGGCCAAGGUGGCCGAUCAUGCUCAGACCAGUGGCCAGCAUGUCUUCGCCUUCCCGCUGAAGGUGGAUUCCAUGGAUGAGUGGGGCCGUACCAUCAUCACUAUGAAGAAGUAUGCAGACCUCAACAUCACCUACGGAGAACUGGUGACUAUGAGUCGUACCGACCUUGAGGCCUCCAAGUAUCUGGGAUGGAUUGUGAAAACUUACACUCCUGAGCCGGAUCGUAUGAAGACCGUGAAGCGUACCCAGGCCGUUGACAUGGCGAUGUACCUCAAGAAUAUCGGUUGGUCCAUGGAAGAGACAUCGGAGGAAUUUGUCCGUGCAAGUGCACUGAGCGAUGAAAGCCUUAAGAGCUGUAACGCUGAAGCGAAAGGUGGCUGGGUGAGUGGAGAGACCUGGGUCCAGAUCCAGUUGGGUUUUGCCAUUGUUCACCUGCUUUUUGCACCGUAUUUCCAGAGCCGAGUUUGGAGAAUGGUCUCAGAGAAAUUGCGCGAAGGCCAAUUCCGCCUGGAGCCAGGUUUUGUAGUGCCGCAGCAGAUCAUCUUCGCAAGCUUCAAGGAAGUCUUCUUGUAUGAUCUAGGAAUCUUGUUCUACGCCAUGAUCCUCUGCGCUUCAUUUGUUUCUCGGAUCCCGCGUGUGGAGUAUGAAUGGAAGCAGCAGCAUGACGGGCGGCUUCUGCGAUCCUGGCGGCAACUGCGGCUCUGCAUCCUACCUGGGCUUGUGCUUCUUUUGGCUGGCCGUGGUUUACAACUUCUGCUACUACUUCUGCGGCUGUUGUGCUUCCUCCGUUCAGCUGACCGAUCCCGACACCGAGCUGGCGCUCUACCAAGCCGUCGGCCGCCGCUGAGCGCGAAGCGCGUAGAACGGCCGCACCCGGCGCCGAAGUGCCCGGUGGCGAAGCAAACGUUGCUGGGAGGUGACACGGAGAGCUCCGAGGCCGAUUCGGAUUUGGCGAAAAAAUGGACGUGGCGCUGCGCAGCUUGGGCAAUGCCCCAUUUGACAGCCAUAAGUUGUAAGCUGCGUGAUUUUCAGGCCAGCUCCCGGCUGAUUGGAAGCCCUGAGAUGCUAAAGCACCUGGAGGAGCAGCUGAAAGAUCAGAGCUCGAAGUUUCAGCUACAAAGUGAAGAACGGCAAAGGUUGGAACUUCAGUUGCAGCAGCAGAAGGAAGCUUUGCAACGAUUGGAAGGUAAGCAGGUGGGGGAAGUCCCAAAAGUGAACAUGGCGGCUCCGGUGCAGAAUGAAGAGAAAGAUGAGAAGAAGGAGCCUGAGAAGAAGGAGCCAGAGAAGGCGCCGAAGGGCACCAAGGGCAAGGGCGGAAAGGCCAAAGGCAAAGGUGGCACCACUCCACCCUGCAAAGGAAAGGGCAAAGCGGCCAGUGAAGAGCCACGCAUGCCUGAGGUGACACCAAAGACGGCGAUGAAAAAACUCUUUUGGAAUCCCUUGAAGUUGGGAGAGACCACAUCGAUCUGGGAGCACAUCUGGUGCCAACGCGCGGACCUGGCUCUGUUCGACGUGGAGGUGCUGGAAGCCAGCUUUGCGGAGGCUGGUGGCACCUCACCGCUGAAGCGGCCGUCGUUGGCACCCGCGCUGGCGUCGAGGAAGAAGCGACGGGCGCUGGAAGAGAAGCGACGCCGUGAACUGUGGUUCAUGCUGGCGCUGAUGCCGGAGAAGGGUCAGCUCUUGCAGGCGAUCCAAGAGAUGAACGACGACGUCCUGAAGCCCGAGAAGGUGGAGUUGUUGCACAUGAAUCUACCCACCGCCGCGGACAUCGAAGUGAUCCAUACAUCUCUGAUGAACGAGCCACUGCUCGAAGGUGAACUUUGGGAUACGCCUGAAGACUUCGUUCUCGCGAUUUCGGAGCUUCCAAACUGUGCCACACGUGUGAAGAUGUGGGGUUUUCUGAACUCCGUGGACAUCGCCAUUCAGCGCCUGGAAGACGCACAAGAGGAGCUGUGGAAGGCGGCAAAUGCCCUGUUGAAAUCGGAGAGCUUAGAACGCCUCCUGGGUUUGCUGCUCUUCGUCGGAAACUACUUGAAUGGCGGCACAGCGCGCGGCCGUGCGGAUGGCUUCGAUCUGGAGGCUCUGCCCAAAGUGGCCAAGUUGCGCGGGAAAGGCCACGAGUCUCUCUUGGACUUCUUGGUCUCCCAGGCCGAAAGCAGCCGGAAGGGCUUGGUCGCCAGCUUGUUCCAAGCCGACGGCGAAGCGGAGGCCGUUCGACGGGCCCGUAUGCAUUGCGUGAAGGAUGCGGUGGAAGAAACGAAGACUUUGAUCAGUCAGGCUGAAGGCUUUCUGCCACAACAGGUUGAAUCUGAAGCCAUGGAGAAGCGAAAGGAGAAGCUGGAGGAGAGCCUGAAGAAGCUGCGAGAUGUACUGCAGAAAUUUCACGAGUGGGAGACCAAAUACGAAGAACUUUGCCAUUGGUUCCAGAUGCAGGAUGGGCGUCAACGCACCUGUGAAGAUUUCUUCGGACUUUGGGAGAGCUUCCUAACGGAUUUGAAGAAGUCGUGGGAAAGCCACCGUCGAGAGCAGUUGGCCAAAGAGUCCUCCAGAAGAUCCUUGUCGUUGCCCCCGAGGCGCCGCAGUGUCCCAGUCUUGACCACGGGCAGCAAGACCCCGUCUGCCUCGCCCAGAGCCCGUCGGGACCGACGGCGAACAGCACAUGGAAUACCCAGCGACUUUCACCGAGGCUUAGAAAAUGACACGGGCGAAGGUAGCGCUGUGCCAGCACCCUCGCCUACAGAAAUGGUAGGAGCAGGCUGUGAAUCUCAAGACAAUGCGGUCUACAUGGUUUUCAUCAAGGAGUGAAAUGAUUUACGGUGUCACACUGAUAGAAACCAAGCGCUUUUCGGACCCAGACCAUUGACAGGCCUCCACAUGCUUAGGGAAGAAUUCUCUUUUUGAGAGUUCCAUGGCAUCAUGCUG